UCUGUUUACAAGGAAAUUAUUAUAGAAGUUUCCUUUUUAGUUAAUCACGGAUUACCAAGAGAGAAAAAGAGAAUACAUAAUCCAAUAGAAGAAUUGCAUAGAAGAAGGGUGAAGGAGGAAGCAAAAAGGAAGUGGCGUGUGUUUUUUUAUUUCUUCUCCUCAAAGUCUCAUACAUAUCCACAGAUUCAUAGCUCAAUCUCAUCCUCGUUUGCUCAAUCUAUCGAGAGAAAUUGUACAGCGACCGAUUGGUUUAGAUUCUUGGAUGGUGACGAAGGAAAUGCGUGUUGGAAAAUACGAGCUUGGGAGGACGCUUGGUGAAGGAAACUCUGCGAAUGUCAAACUCGCCAGAGAUACUGUUUCAGGACAAUCUUUCGCCGUCAAAAUCAUCGACAAGUCUCGUAUCUCUCGUCUUAACGUCUCCUUGCAGAUUAAGAGAGAGAUCCGCACACUCAAAGUGUUGAAGCAUCCCAACAUUGUCAGAUUACAUGAGGUCUUAGCUAGCAAAACCAACAUUUACAUGGUCCUUGAAUAUGUCACUGGAGGAGACUUAUUUGACAGAAUUGUCUGCGAAGGAAAGAUUUCGGAGAGAGAAGGAAGAAAAAUGUUUCAGCAGUUAAUUGAUGGACUCAACUAUUGUCAUUACAAAGGCGUUUUCCACAGGGAUCUCAAGCUAGAGAAUGUUCUUCUUGAUGCAAAGGGUCACAUUAAGAUCACUGACUUUGGCCUUAGUGCUCUGCCUCAGCAUUUUAGGGAAGAUGGGUUGCUACAUACAGCCUGUGGAAGUCCUAACUAUGUCGCUCCUGAGGUUUUAGUCAACAAGGGCUAUGAUGGUGCUGCAUCGGAUAUAUGGUCAUGUGGAGUAAUCUUGUAUGCUAUUCUUACGGGAUGUCUCCCUUUUGAUGAUACAAACCUGGCGGCUAUUUGCCGGAAGAUAGUCAAAGGGGACCCCCCAAUACCUAGAUGGAUAUCACCGGGUGCUAAAACCAUGAUCAAGAGAAUGCUUGAUCCAAAUCCAAUGACGAGGAUAACAAUCGCAGGUAUUAAGGCCAAUGACUGGUUCAAGCAUGACUACAGUACUUCGUCCAAUUGCCAUGAUGAAGACGAUGCAAUCUCAAUCCAAGAUGUAUAUGAAGAAGAGAAGACCUCUGAUUCACCAACCGUCAUCAAUGCCUUUCAGUUGAUCGGAAUGUCAUUGUUUCUUGACCUCUCCGGUUUGUUUGAGACAGAGAACGUGUCAGAGACGCAGAUAAGAUUCACGACAAAUAAGCCAGUCGUAGAUGUGUUGGACAAAAUCAAAACAGUCCUAAUGGAGAUGGGUUUCUGUGUACAAAAGAAGCACACAAUGUUAAAAGCAAUCCAAGAAGAGAGUACUGGGAAAGGGCAAGGCGGGUUAUCAGUAACGGCUGAGGUUUUCGAGAUAAUCCCUUUGCUGAAUGUGGUUGAACUGAGAAAAUCACAUGGCGAUUCAUGUCUAUAUAAUCAGUUAUGCGAGAGAUUAUCAAACGAAUUGGACACAUGAUGUGUCAUACAAUAUCAUUGCAAGUACAACAGCUUUUAAGGUAGCCAGUAGCAGAAACAAAUGUCGACUAUUCAAAUAAUCCGGGAUGAUAGAGGAUAUAUGAAAAAAAAGUUUUUUUCUAUUAAUUUUUAUUUGUAUAAAAUCGGUACAUAACAUUCAAAAAGACAAGGCCACAAUUAGGUUCUAUUGUAAACAAUAUAUUUUGUUUCUCUAUCUGUACAUCAGCAGCAAUUUAAACAGA